CUUGGCAUCUGCAUUGCACGCUGCUCACCACCUCGCACAGCUAUGCGACGUUCAGUCGAUGUUUCCUCCAUGCUGUCGACGGACGACCUCGCAGACUACGAUAUCAUCUCUGAAGGCCACCGAUCGCUCGAGUCCAGCAUAGCCGAUCUCGGUCACGUGGAAAGUUCAGCUGCGAUACGCGAACCCAGCCCGUCGCGUGCAGCGAGGGAGCGGUUCGACACCGUUGGGUUGAGUGCGAGUGAGAUACAGGCACAUGUCCAGAAAGCCGUGCCUUCUGCGGCGGUCGCAUGGAGGACCAGCGAGGGAGAACCGAGGACGGUGCGAGUGUAUGUAGACGGUAUCUUCGAUCCAUUCCAGGCGAGAGACGCGCUGCAACUACGACAAGCCAAGUUAUCGUUUCCCGUCGUUCAUCUUAUGGUGGGCGUCUUCUCCGACGCCAUAUGCGAAUCCCACCGCACGCCCAUCAUAUGGCCGCUCGUCGAAAGAUGCGAGAUGUUGCGGCAUUGCCGAUGGGUGGAUGAGGUACUGGCGGAUGCACCGUGGACUAUUGAUGAGCAGUUUCUCCGCGCAAAGAAGAUUGACUAUGUAGCAAUUGACGAGGGCUCGUCGGUGAACCCCGCGUGUGACAAAGAGAGAUUGAGUGGCUACGACUGGGUUAAGAGCAUACGAAAAGCAAUACCGACAAAGCAGACGACAGUGUUGACACCUAUAGAACCGAGAGGUCUCUCGCUUUUCGUAGAAGCAACGCGAACGGUCAGAGGUGCGCCUCAUAGAGCAACCGUACAAAGCAAAGACACGGGCCGCGAGGGCGACGUAGUUCCGAGCCCCUUUGAGGAACCUAAGCUCGAUGAUUUCGGUACAGGGUUCAGCGCCAUCUAAACCUUCCGAUCUACUAGAAAGCUCACCACAUCCCCCCCUCGAAGUCAGUUGAUUUGUAUCUAGCCAGAGACCCCGUCCAGUUAAUCCUAGAGGCAUUGCUUCAUUCCCUGUGUAUUCCUGCCAGACUAAUAGGGGCCUUGAGCUGCCUAGUUUCUCCCGUUUCGGAAUUGCCGCCGCUCGACCGGGUCGAAUUACGAUCGAGGCUCCUUGGUUCCCUUGAGCGUUCGGAUGAUCAUGCGGUCUCAAAGGUGAACGUCUAGCCCGACUAUCGCAGAAGAUUCUUAAUGCAUCUGCCUCUGCCUAUAGGCCCAUGUGACUUCAUCCAUAAGCAUAUUCAAACCGUAUAUUCCGGUGGAGUACUAAGCACGCAACAAAUGGCUCUACGCACCUCUGAUUCAUCCUCACAAGUGGCAUGUCCUCAAACACAGACGUUCAAAUUUUUCCUGCAUCUCAGACAUGCCUACCCACGGA